AUGGCAUCCACGCCGCUCGCCCCCACGGGGCAGAAGCUGCUGGCCCACCGAGGCGGCAGCCGGCUUCGUGAGUUGUUCCCCGAGGAGCGCCCGUCGCGCGACGGCUUCGAGGUAUUAGAGGGGCUCCUCACGUGCAACCCCGGUGCUACAUCUAGAAGCAACCCGAUGGUCCGAGAGACAAGCAAAGAACCGACUACUAGCAGCAUAGGGGGGAGAGAAAGCUUCUUUGAUCAUUCAGUCAGUGAGCCAGCAAGUCCAGAAAUAGGAGGAGAGAAUGCUGAACAGGGAGACAAAAACACCAAGGCAUACUCCACACCGAAACCUCCUGAGGAAGCUUAUGAUCACUACAAGCAAUAUGCACUGAGACAUGGGUUUGGAAUGAGACUGGAAUACAGAAAAACAAUUAAAGACGAUACUGUAAGCAGAGUCCUCUUGGGUUGUGGGAAAUAUGGCAAGCCAAAAACAAACAAGGAGGAGACAGAGGAUGUGCAGGACCCAAAAGGCAUCAUGAAGAGGAAAAGAGGGAAGGUUGUGAGGUCGGGAUGUCCAGCCCACCUUUACAUCACCCACACGGAUGCGUGGUGGAGAGUCAAACGCUUCAACGACGAACACAACCACCCUCUAAUAAGAAAGCUGUCCUUGACAAAGUUCCUAUCAUCACAUAGGAACAUUCCAAAAGAUGAGCAGGACUUCUUGAAGAUAUUGCACGGAUGCAACAUAGAGACAACAAGACAGAUGCAACUAAUGUCAUGGUUCUACGGGAAUCCUAAAGAUGUACCAUACACAACAAAGGACAUCGCAAACCAGCGAGCUAAAUUCCGGAUGGAGUACCGCCAUGCUGAUGUGGGGAGCACAAUCUCGUACUUCCAAGAUAUGAAGGCACAAGAUCCAGAUUUCUAUUGGAGAAUAAAGCUUGAUGAUGAGGACAGAGUGGAAAAUUUAUUCUGGAUAGAUGGUGCGUCACGCAGGGCAUAUGCUAGAUACAAUGAUGUCAUCUCAUUCGACACAACAUACAUGAUAAACAUGUACAAAAUGCCUUGUGCGCCUUUCAUUGGCAUUAAUAACCAUGGGCAGUCAAUCCAGUUUGGUUGUGGGUUUGUUCGAAACGAACUAGCUGGUAACUUUGUGUGA